GAGGCCAUGUCCCUGGUUCCGUGGUUCCGAUGGAGCGAGACCUCCUCCAGGCUGACUCCCAGAAGCCCAGCCGAGAUGGUGAUUGAGACCCUGAUGAUGGAGCUGGAUUGGCAGACAAAGGAAGCUGAGAAACAGCACCGGGAGAGGGAGAACGAAUACCGGAAGAUCCGAACCGGUGUUGACUAUAGCUGGCUGGCCAGCCCACCCAGGAAUGCUUACGACCUGAGCCCCGGAGAGCGGCUGCAGUUGGAGGACGCUUGCACCAAAAUCCACCCUUCCUACUGUGGGCCCAUGAUCCUCAGGUUCCGGCAGCUCAUUGCUGAAUAUGAGCCCGAAGUCCAUGAGGUAUCCCAGCUCUUCCGCUCGGUCCUACAGGAAGUCCUGGAGAAGAUGAAGGAAGAGGAGGAUGUCAGGAAGCUGACCAAGCAGUGGAACAUGCGGUCCCGGGGCUCCCUCUCCCUGACCACCUUUAGGACCCGUUCCCGCAUCUUCCCGUUCGCCAGUGACAUCAGGACCAUCUCAGAGGAUGUGGAGCGGGACAUCCAUCCCACCCCCAGGGUCUGGAGUAUGCCCGAAUUCCAGAUGCACAAAGACAAUAACUGAGGAAAGGAGGCCCGGGAAUGACUUGGGUAGCUAGGUUUCAACCACAGGUGCCGCCUUCUCCCCUCCCAGUCCCUGUUACCUGUUCCAGUUUGACAUGCUCCCCCUGCUCCUUUUCUGAGAUUCUGGACCAGUACUAGGAGUGAGGAACCAAUGAAUAUACCGAUUCUAAGGACAAUUAUGGGUUUGAGGCCUUAUUUAUACAGAACUAAGCCAGUCACCAGCAGUCAAGAUCUAGGAAGUACAUAAGGUUGAAAGAUCCCACAAUUCGUGAUCCUACAAUUGUCUAACUCAGGAAGCUAGGACCACAGAAGUGUGUUGGAGACUUCAGACCACUAUCAUUCUAGUUUGUUUUUUUUUUAAAGAUCAAAUAGAAGAGUUCUCCAUCAUUAAUAUUGGGUAGACAAAUGUCGCCAUUCCAUAUCCCUGUCUCUAAGAGCAAGUGGAUGGCUUUGCCUUCCUGCUAAGACCUCUAACCCCAAGUUGUGGAGUCAUCUUAGGUUUAAUUAUUUCUUCACAUUGACUUUUGUUGCUGAGUGGUGCCGGUUUAAUCAUUUCUAUUCUUUGGGAUUUUCUUUUUUUUUUUUUUUUUUAAUUCAAUAAGUCAGAGUUGGUUGGAACCUUACAGAGUUAGCUAGGCCAAAUCCCUCAUUUUAUAGAUAAGGGAAACAGACCCAAUGCGGUUAAGAAUCCUAUCUUAUCCUGACAGACUGUUCUCCGUCGGCCAUCUGGCAAUGCCUCAGUUCCUGAGCCUUUAAACUAUGGGCUAUGACGGAGCAGGGCCCAAAGGCCAUUUCCCCUCCACAUCCAUCACCCAAGUUAGCCCCCAACAAAACAUUUAAGUAUCUGGUGUCUUGCUGCAGCAGAUCUCUUAAAAUUCUACUGGUAGACUGACAUCAUGCAGGACAGAAUUAUCACCCAGGAUAUAAGCGCUCUGAGAAGGCCCUCCCUGUAAGCUUUGCCUAUUGGAAAGCAGGGCAUUGAGAGUUGCAAGGGACCAAAUAAUCAUCUAGUUCAAAUCUUCUUACUCAAUUUUGAAUUUGAAAAAAUAUGAAAAUCAAAAAUUCAAAAAAAUGAAAAUUCAAAAAUUUA